AAGGGGGAAGGGGGAAGGGCCUGGUUUUAUUAAGUUGCACCUGAAUCGUGUUAGACUAGCUCCAGCAGGAAAAGGAAGUCUGCACUCCAUCUGAGAGGGAAAGUAAGCUUCCAUCAACAAACAGCCAGAGCCACACGACAUGGGGUCUGAGGGAGAGAACUACUUCGGAAAGCAUGGAGAACCACAGAAAUAUGACCCAACAUUUAAAGGUCCAAUCCAGAACAGGGGCUGCACGGACAUUGUCUGCUGUAUUCUCUUCAUUGUCGCAAUCAUUGGAUACUUUAUUGUGGGGAUUGUGGCCUGGUCUCACGGAGACCCCAGGAAAGUGAUCUAUCCCACUGACAGCAGGGGGCAGUUCUGUGGGCAGGCUGGCACCAAGCUCGAGAAGACUCCCUUCCUGUUUUACUUCAACAUCAUGAAGUGUGCCAGCCCCCUGGUGCUGCUGGAGUUCCAGUGCCCGACGACCCAGAUCUGCGUGGAGAAGUGCCCGGAUAGAUUCAUGACGUUAUUGAAGGCGUACGCCAAUCCCUCAGACAUGGAAUAUUACAAGAGCUUCUGUAAGCCUGAGUUUGCUGGCCUGACCAAACUGAGUGCUCCCGAGGUGCUUCGAGAUGGCUACUGUCCUGCCAUGCUGAUUCCCAGCAGACCAUUCACACGCCGCUGUUUCCCGGCUCUCAGGACUAAGAAAGGAGUGAUCACCGUCGGCAACCACACCACGUUCGACGACGGGAUGGGGGAGAGACGCAACGUUACCGACCUGCUCGAGGGGGCCAAGAAAGCCAACGUGGUGCUGGAGGCCCGUCAGGUAGCCAUGAAGAUAUUUGAAGACUACACUGUGUCCUGGCACUGGAUUCUCCUCGGUCUGGUCAUCGCCAUGGUGAUCAGUCUGAUCUUCGUAGUGCUCCUGCGCUUCCUGGCUGGAAUUAUGGUCUGGGUGAUGAUCGUGCUGGUCCUCCUGGUCCUGGGAUAUGGGAUAUUCCACUGUUACAUGGAGUACGCUGCUCUGAAACACACCCCUGGGUCCGACGUCAGCAUCCGAGAGCUGGGGCUGCUAACGGACUUCUCUGUGUACCUGCAGCUGAGACAAACUUGGCUGGCUUUCAUGAUUAUCUUGUGCAUCAUUGAGGUGAUCAUCAUCCUGCUUCUGAUUUUCCUGCGCAAACGGAUUGUCAUCGCCAUCGCCCUGAUCAAGGAGGCCAGCAGGGCGGUCGGUCACGUCAUGUGCUCCCUGAUCUACCCCCUGUUGACCUUUGCCCUCCUGGCUCUCGUCAUCGCCUACUGGGCAGUGACUGCGGUCUUCUUAUCCACCUCCAACGAGCCUGUUUACAAGGUGUUUCCAAAUAACACGAACAACGAGACAUCGUGCAUCUACUCCAGGAAGACAUGCGACCCACAGACUUUCAACACCUCCAACGUGACGAAGGCGUGCCCGGAUGCCAAGUGCUUGUUUGCGUUCUACGGGGGCGAGACGUACUACCACAAGUACCUCAUCUUCUUCCAGUUCUACAACGUCUUCCUCUUCUUCUGGUGCGCCAACUUCGUGACGGCCCUGGGGCAGGUGACGCUGGCGGGGGCCUUCGCCUCCUACUACUGGGCGUACAAGAAACCAGACGACAUGCCCGCUUUCCCCAUCUUCUCCUCGCUCGGCCGGGCGCUCAGGUACCACACGGGGUCGCUGGCGUUCGGAUCUCUCAUCCUGUCUAUUGUGCAGGUCAUUAGAGUCCUGCUGGAAUACCUGGACCACAAACUCAAAGGUCACCAGAACAAGUUCACCAAGUUCCUCCUGUGUUGUCUGAAGUGCUGUUUCUGGUGCCUGGAAAAGUUCAUCAAGUUCCUGAACAGAAACGCCUACAUCAUGAUCGCAAUCUAUGGCAAAAACUUCUGCACCUCUGCUCGGAACGCCUUCUUCCUCCUCAUGAGAAAUAUCAUUAGGGUUGCGGUUCUGAACAAAGUAACAGAAUUCCUGCUCUUCCUGGGGAAGCUGCUUAUCGUCGGAAGUGUUGGGAUCCUGUCUUUCUUCUUCUUUUCCGGGCGAAUAAAACCCAUUGAGGACACCGCCCCGACACUCAACUACUACUGGGUCCCUAUACUGGUGAGUGCACUGCAUACUGGGAGUACAGAUUCUUCAACCAGCACCAAAAAUAACCAGGAGGGGGCGUGA